AUGGCGUCUGUUUCUUCAAAAUAUAUUAGCGUUGGUGGAAACCGACACCCAGGAGCGGCCGAUUGGGAUGUUCAAUCGGGCGUGCUCGCAUACGGAGCGGAUAACAAUGUCGCCCUAUGGGAGCCUCUCGAAAGCACCCACCGGGGUGUACAUGCUCUCCUCGUGGGCCAUACGGACAAAGUCAGCGUGGUCAAAUUUUACACAUGCCCCUCAUCGGCCGCGAAAUUGCUCAUCACCGGUUCCGUCGAUCGCACAAUUCGAGUCUGGCGACAAGACCCCGCAGACCCGCACAAUUACAAGCAUGCAGCUACUCUGGAGGGCCAUACCGGGUCUGUAAACGCCAUCGCGGUGACUGAUGGAACGGACAUUAUUGCUUCUGGAGCCGCAGAUGGAACCGUUAGAAUUUGGCGCAUCAAUACCUCCGAUGAAAUCCAGGGCGAGCUACUCGAUACGAUUACCAUGAAACCUCGAUUCUUCCCACUCACCCUGUCCCUACGAGUCCUCGAAGGCGAGAACUGCCCAUUGGUGUUGGCUGUUGCCGGAACCACUACCAAAGUGCACGUAUACGUCGCAGAAAACUCCAAGGAGAAGCCGUCGUUUAACCACCGCGCUGCUCUUGCAGGUCAUGAAGCCUGGAUCAGGUCUCUGUCAUUUACACAGGACAAGAACAACAAUACAAAUGACAUAUUACUUGCAUCCGCUAGCCAGGAUAGAUAUAUUCGUCUAUGGCGACUUCACCAGGGUGAAGCCAGCAGCGCCCCGGCGCCGAUCGACGAUGCCGAUCCUCUUCUGGGUGGGAUGGAGCCUACGCUUUCAAACAAAGCCCACGAAUUCGAUGCCUCUGGCCUGAAGUACUCUAUCACUUUCGAGGCUCUUCUCUUUGGCAACGAAGACUGGAUUUAUACCACAGCGUGGAACCCCGACCCAGCUCGAUCUCAACUUCUCACCGCUUCUGCGGAUAACACAGUCACUAUUUGGGAACAGGAUACAGUGUCCGGCGUCUGGAUGUCGAUCGAACGAAUGGGAGAAAUCAGUGUACAGAAGGGAUCAACUACUGCUACCGGUAGUGCGGGUGGCUUUUGGAUUGGACUCUGGUCACCAGAUGGCAAACAGGUAGUCAGCCUGGGCCGCACAGGUAGCUGGCGAGUGUGGCAGCAUGAUGCGGAGGCGGAUAUGUGGGUGCAAAAAUUCGGCAUUUCUGGUCACGUACGAGCUGCCAAUGGUGUACAGUGGGACCCGAAUGGCGGUUAUCUUCUGUCAACCAGCGCUGACCAGACUACUCGCCUUCACGCUGAAUGGCUACGGGACAAUAAAAUCUCGUGGCAUGAGUUCUCUCGUCCCCAAAUUCACGGGUACGAUCUCAAUUGCAUCGAUACACUGGGACCUUCGCAGUUCGUCUCUGGCGCGGAUGAAAAGCUUCUGAGAGUUUUCAAUGAACCAAAGCAGAUUGCCAAUCUUCUCGGCAGGCUCACAGGGUUUGAGCAAAAUAUCGAGGGUGAGCUCCCAGAUACUGCGCAAAUCCCAGUCCUGGGUUUGUCAAACAAAGCCCAAGGCGAUGAAGCGCCUGUGGAAGAAGAUGGGUCAAAUGAGGUGGCCGCACCUGGUCACGCAGUCUCACUGGGCAUGGAUUGCCCGCCCUUGGAGGACGAACUCUCGCGAUACACACUCUGGCCAGAGCAUGAAAAGCUCUAUGGUCACGGUUAUGAGAUUUCUGCGGUGGCUGUCAGCCACGAUCGCAAGCUCAUUGCCACUGCCUGUAAGGCCAGCUCUGUUGACCACGCGGUGAUCCGACUAUAUGAUACCUCCGACUGGCAUGAGAUUAAGCCUUCUCUCACUGCACACUCCUUAACCAUCACCGACCUCUCAUUCUCCGCCGACGAUCAAUAUCUUCUUAGCGUGGGCCGAGAUCGACAGUGGGCGGUUUUCAGUCGAAGCCAGGAAGAUCUGAACACGUUUGUCACCUUUGCUUCAAACCCCAAGGGUCACUCUCGAAUGAUCUUGGGAGCAGCUUGGGCGCCAAUCGAUGGUGUCUUUGCCACAGCUGGACGUGACAAAUCGGUCAAGAUCUGGCAAAGGGGCGAGGAUGGCUUUGUAUGCAAGACUACUAUUGCCGUAACAUCUCCUGUUUCGGCAAUUGCUUUCUUACCCUCUCCCUACAAGAACUCCUUCAUUCUUGCAGCUGGAGAGGAUACUGGUGCUGUCAGCAUCCAUCGAAUCGCAGCCGAUACCCUUGAAGCAAGUCUUGUUGUGGCUGUUGACAAAACCAUGUCACCCUCCAAGACAAUCACACAGCUGUCAUGGCGUCCAGUUUCUGGUCCAGAGGUGGAUGAAAAGUCUUCUUUCGACCUUGCCGUGGCCAGUGAAGACAACUCUAUGAGAAUAUAUGCGAUCUCGAACGUCGCGGCAUGA